AUGGACCAACAAGAAACAACUGAGAGCGAUUCACUUCCUAAUUAUAGUCUUUUGCGAAACGAUCGUCUGUUUUUGCGGGGUGGGGGAGUGGCUUUAUUUAUCAGGGAUAGCCUGAGUGCUACGAUUGUCGAAUCCUCCGAUGGGUCAGUUCAGGGGGCUGAAUUUAUGCUUGUGGAACUGAAAAGUUCCUACAACAAGUUAUUACUUGGCGUUUUUUACUGUCCUCCUCUUGUUAACUACUUUGAUCAAUUGAACACUAUUCUUCUGAUGGGAGAUUUCAAUACUUGUUUGCUAAAAAAUGACUUACGGAGUGACAAACUUCGCUUCAUUGCUUCCUCAUUAAAUUUGACCAUCCUGCCCUCACAACCAACUCAUCAUCUUCCAACUUCGCAUUCGCUUCUGGAUCUUACUAUUACGACUCGUCCGAGCAGCAUACUUAUGCAUGGUCAGCUCCCUGCUCCUCAAUUUUCCAAUCACGAUCUAAUUUACUGUGCAGUGCAGAUACGACAACAUAUUUUCUCGCAACGCAUUAUUUCCGUUCGUGAUCUGGGUCGUAUUGAUAACGAUUUGCUGUUGUCUGAUGCGCAGAGGAUCGAUUGGCUCCCGCUUUAUCGAAUGGCCGAUAUUGAUGGCAAGGUUGACUACUUCAAUUCUAAACUUAUCAAUCUCUAUGACAAGCAUGCCCCACUCAGACGACGCAGGGUGAGACAUCCGCCCGCACCCUGGUUAAGUGAUGAGAUAAGAUCACUGAUGAGGGAGCGUAAUCGUGCAAAGCUAUUACUUAAACGUAUUCCAAAUACUAUUAAUCGUGAAAACUAUAGGAUCUUGCGUAACCGUUGCAAUCACCAAUGUAGAAAUGCCAAAAAAAUGUAUUUCUACCGGAGACUAUCCAAUGCUAAUCCGAGGACGUUUUGGAAGUUGAUGCGUUCCUUAGGGGCGGUUGAGUCUCCCUCUGUUCGGGCUGCUUGUGAUGUGGAUUCAUUGGCGAGGUUUUUUGCUGACCCACCUCUGCUCAUUAGUGGUGGGACUAGGAUGACAACUAUUUCUGAAAUUCUUGCCUCAUCUAAAUCCUCCUCUUUCUCCUUUGUCCUGGUCACAGCGUCAGAAGUCCGCGAUGCCUUGAAUCACUCGAGGUCUACGAGUGUGGGAGCUGAUGGAGUUGGUCUCAAACUUCUUCUUCCUAUAUUGGAUAUUGUUCUUACUCCUAUUACCCACAUUUUUAACUUCUCCAUUGAACGAUCCUCAUUCCCUUCAAUCUGGAAGGUUGCUCAUGUUGUCCCUAUACCUAAAUCCAAGAGUCCCUCAAGUUUAAAUGAUUUUCGCCCUAUCUCCAUUUUAUCUGUUCUAUCUAAAGCUCUCGAGUGCCUUGUUUAUCUACAAGUUCAAGAGUACAAGAAUUUAACUUGCACAACGACUUUCAAUCGGGUUUUCGUAAGGGUCAUAGCACGACAACAGCGCUUAUUAAGAUUACGGAUGAUAUUAG